GGGCGCUGGGGCCCUGCCGGGGCUGCAGCCGGGAUGCGUGGACGCCUGUUCGUGCAUCCUUCCGGGUGUCGGUCCCAGGGGUGCGCGGCUGCCGGGCAGGCGAGGUUUGGAACGUGGUUUGUGUGCCUUUUUAUUUCUCCAUUUAUUUUCAUGCCUAACAAAGCUAGGCUUACACUUUCCGCGGCCCUCCACACACACCCCUCCUUUGGGGGCUGCUGGGCACGCCGAGGUCCACCUGCCCACUGCCUGCAUGCUGCCCGUGCGGGCCCCACCCCCUGUCGCUGCGUGCUGGUGCCCCUCGCUGCCCAGAAGCGCGUACCCAGCCAGCUCUGAAACCUAAGGAGGCAGGAACUUUUCAGGGAACCCCUCCCCGCACACAUUACUGCCCGUUUUCCACCUCAUGGUGGGAGCAAAGCAUCCAGGCUCCGAGCUGCCCCUGCUGCGGGUCUCAGGAGCCACCCUGUGAAAUUGUGACUAGCAUCAGCCCCUCACUAUUGCUGCAGGCUUGGGCUCAGCCCCCCUACACCCAACUGGAUACAUUCUCCAGGAUACAGCUCUGACUCCCUAGCUGACCUGCAGUCUGAAAAAUGCCUUCACCUGCUCACCCGUGCCCUUCCCCUCUGUGGGCUGCUGUGGAGGAAGGUGCAGAGUAGGGUGCUUGCAGCAGGUGCUAGAGUGGCAGGGGUUCUGUGCUGAUGGGCCUUCUGGGUGAGGAAAGGCUAAGUUCUGGGGAGGUUCCAGAUCAAAUGAGGAGGCUGACAGACCCUUCCUGGGGGAGCGGGUGGCAUUUUCAAAAUUAAAGACCCAUUUUGAUUUAAGAUGGUCAAGGCAUCAGACAGACAUGAGAUCAAUUCCAACACCUAAUGCCAUCUGCCAGUCCCUCCCAUCUCUGGGCCUCAGUUUUCCCACCUAGGAUUGGUUCUGAUGUCAUCUAAGGCCCCUGCCAGCUUUUUCACUUUCUACCCCAUAAAUUCCAUAGUUCCUUUCUCCUUAUCACCCUGCCCAGAGAGCUUGUGCUGUCUUUUCUGGUAUGGAACUCAGACCCUAAGGACCUCUGACCACUACAGGCCUGGGAUGGGUGCCAACCGCAGAACCUUCCUUGUACCACUGCCACUGGGUGGGGCAAGAGGUACAACAGAGCCCUCUGCCCAGCAGGAGCGCUUCACUGAUGGCAUCACCAACAAGCUGGUGGCCUGCUACGUGGAAGAGGACAUGCGGGACUGCGUGCUGGUCCGUGUGUAUGGGGAGCGGACAGAGCUGUUGGUGGACCGAGAGAAUGAGGUCAGGAACUUCCAGCUGCUGCGAGCACAUGGCUGUGCCCCUAAACUCUACUGCACCUUCCAGAACGGGCUGUGCUACGAGUACCUGCAGGGUGUGGCCCUGGGACCCGAGCAUAUUCGUGAGCCCCGGCUCUUCAGGUUAAUCGCCUUAGAAAUGGCAAAGAUUCAUAGUAUCCACGCCAACGGCAGCCUGCCCAAGCCCACCCUCUGGCACAAGAUGCACAAUUAUUUCACGCUUGUGAAGAACGAGAUCAACCCCAGCAAAAUUGGCUGCUGUGUGCAUGGGGUAGGGCAGAAGGAAGGCCUUUCUGCAGAUGUCCCUAAGGUGGAGGUGUUGGAAUGGGAGCUGGCCUGGCUGAAGGAGCAUCUGUCCCAGCUGGACUCUCCUGUGGUGUUUUGUCACAACGACCUACUCUGCAAGAAUAUCAUCUAUGACAGCACCAAAGGUCAUGUACGGUUCAUUGACUAUGAAUACGCCGGCUACAACUACCAAGCUUAUGACAUUGGCAACCAUUUCAAUGAGUUUGCAGGUGUAAAUGAGGUCGAUUACUGCCAGUACCCGUCGCGGGAGACCCAGCUGCAGUGGCUGCACUACUACCUGCAGGCACAGAAGGGAAUGGCCGUGACCCCCAGGGAGGUGGAGAGGCUCUACGUGCAAGUUAACAAGUUUGCCCUGGCGUCUCACUUCUUCUGGGCUCUCUGGGCCCUCAUCCAGAGCAAGUACUCCACCAUCGACUUUGAUUUCCUCAGGUAUGCAGUGAUCCGAUUCAACCAGUACUUCAAGGUGAAACCUGAAGUGUCAGCCUUGGAGAUGCCAAAGUGACCAGCCACCCCACCCUCCCCUACCCAUCUGUCUGACCAGACCUGUUCUCCAGGGCUCAGUUCAGCUCUGGGGUCUACACCCUUGGACAAGGUGGGAGAAGGGGAAGGUUGGAUGUCCAGGGAGAAGGCUCUAUCCCUGCCAUCAGCCCCCAGUGGUUGCCACCGAAGACCUCAUUCUCCUGUUUGGAGGGGCUGAUAGGACCCAUCUCUGGGGGUCCCCUUCACCUCGCCAGGCUUGGGAGGAAGUGCCUGUAGACAGCCAGGGCCUAGACCAUAACUGCCCUUGGGAAGCACAUCAUUCCCAGCACAGGCCCUGCUGGAAUUUGGGCUGCCUUAGAUGUGUCAUUUAACCCUUCCUGGCCUGGGGAAGUAGGGAAGGGAGGAGGGCUUCUUUCUACCUCCAGUGCCCCUAUGGGCCUCCAGCCCGUCUCCCUCUACAUGCCCCGUGUGGGAGGUGCUGAGCCCCAAACCAGCGUCAAACCAACUCUGACACAUGGAUGUACAUAUCUUG